CCACAUGCUUUCAGAGGCUUGCUUUGAUGUCCGGCUUCCUGUCGUAUAAAAAGUUGAUUGACGAAGUUUAAAACCUCUUCCAUGAACGAAAGUCGAUUCCUUUGCCGCUUUAGCGGUCCCCCUUUUGCCACAGUUCAGUUUGAACUUUAAUUCAUGGCUUCCUGCAGCCAUUUAACUCAAUUUACAAAGGACAGCUUGUCAACCUAUCGCAAAAUUUGUGCGUGGUUUAUCGCUGGUUCGUCGAAGAAAACCCGCCGUGCCAAGGUCAGAGACGCUUAUGGUGUAUUUUAUGCCUCGUCCUUUCAUCCACAAGCGUUUUAAGGCUUUAAUUUUUACGUUUUUAAUGUGUUUUUUUAGACUACAAGAAAAUGUCACGAGUGUGGGACGCCGUCAAAUCGCCUUCAUGCCUGUUUGUGCUGUGUUUAUUUUGGUUGCUAUUCCGGUUUGAAGCACAUACACUCGCAUGCGAAGCAAAAGGACCACAAGUUAGGUAAUUCAUGUUCAUUUUGAAAAAGCCGGCCUGAUUUAAUACCAAUACAUGAAUAUUGGCCACUCCAUUACCAUGUGGGAAAAAUUAAAACUUAGUUCCUGGGGAUUCCCCACUUGAAUGUUUACUGUAAUUUGCCCCUUCUGAAAUGUGCAUUAUCAUCUAAUGUACACAAAAUAUGUAUUUUUGCCCUGUCAGGCUAAUUUUGCAACGUUGGUUUGAAUGCCACGAUAUGGGGUGAGAACAAAUUGGCCAGGGAGGUAUGGCAUGAGCCACAAGAUAUUGUUUUUAGAUAAGUUGCUUUGCAUCUGUGAGGUCUUGUCAAAAACAGCCUGACACUGUAGCCUCAGGCUGCAAUGAGCCAAUGAAUCGUAAUGCACCAGUGAACUGUAUAGAUACUGGAACAAUAACUCCAGGUAAAUGGCCCUAUAGAUGAUGCGGUGAAGCCACGUUGAUGACUGGCAAACAUUGGCUGCAAAUUUCAGUAUAAGCUGUGUUAUGAGAUUUUGGAAAUUUUAAGUUUAAAUUUUAUACAUACAAAGUCAGGGUGUCCACAGGCCUUAAUUGAAAAGCCUGGAAAGUCCUUGAGUUGAAAAUCUGUAGUAGUCCUUGAAAGUCUUGGAAUUAAUUUCCUUAACCUCCAGCUGUGCCAACAUUAGUGAUUUUGAUUAAUUAACACUGAAUAAAGCAAAUCAAAGAGGGGCAAAUCUGUGCCAUUGAAUCAUUGAAUUUAAGGAAAAAGGGCCUCAUGAAAGUCUUGGAAAAGUCCUUGAAUUUCACCUUCACCAAAGGGUGGACACCCUGAAAGUGAGAUGUCCAAAAUCUUGAUAUUUACCCAUAAACUUUACAUUGGCAUCACCUUAGUAUAAUAUAUACAUGAACUUGCAGUUAGAGCUUGGUGCUUGGGUGGCACAAUCAUCAGAGCAUGCGUCUUUCACCUGUGAUAUUGUGGAUUUCCAUUGUGGACGUUAUGAUACAUGUGAAAAGAGCCGGUCAACACUCUGCCAAAAUUUGUGCGUUUUCUCUGAGUAUUCCGGUUUCCUCCCCCAGGGAAUGUUGACAGGGUUGGUUGGGAUUAGCCCCUAAGCUGAGAUUAGCCCUAAACUAACCCUUCCAUCGUAGCUGCAGUGCUCCCUGAUCAGACAUGAGUCAUAAAGUGGCUGCCACGGUGCCCAUAGAAAGCCUUCCACUUGAUCAUGUUAAGCUGUCCUUCGCAAUUCAGCUGCAAGUAACGGUAAUAAGCAACCCCCCCCCCCCUACUUAGAGCUUGACAACUGGACUCUAUAGCUCAGUUGGUUAGAGCACUGCACCAGAAUUGCUGGGAUGCAGGUUUGAUUCCUUUUUAUUGUUGCAUUUUUUGCAGCUGUUCCUGGUUAGGUGUAAUAAAUGUAUAAAAUUUACACUCGAAAUUUCCAUCUACCAAAGCCUCCCAACAAUCACUUUGAAAUAUGCUUUCCAGUUGUUGAGUGAUCAGUUCAUAUGAUUUUGGUACUUUUAACCCAUUGAACCGCAAUGUGCCCUACUUAUUUUUUAACUUGUCUAAAGGCGGUUUUCCAGUCCUCGCACGAAGCUCCUCGCAGCUCGCUGCGAGUGCUUGCAUCUAAUUAAAAUUAACUGUUUAGCAUUGUGAUUGGAUGAAAGUGCCCAUGAGGACUGAAAAUCCGCCUUAACGCCAGACUAUUUUACUUGUCAACGGGGAAGCUCUGCAGCUUAAUGGGUUAACAGAAAAAUCUGACAUUGUCUGUAGUUAACCCAUUGAGCCGCAAUGCACCCCAGUGCGCCCUACUUAUUUUUUUACUUGUCUAUAAACGCCAGACAAUUUUACUCUUCAAUGGGGAAGCUCUGCAGCUUAAUGGGUUAGACACUUAAUUUUGCAUAUAGUCUCAUAAUAAUUUUCAGAAUGACUAAUACUGAUUUUUUAAAAAGCUGUUGAUCUGACAUAUGGUGUGGUGUACUGUUUUCUCUGUGGUGACUAUGCUCAUGAUGAAGUACUUGAAAAAAUUCUUCGUGAAGAAAGAGCCAAGGCCUGGAGGUCUUAUGGUAUGUAAAGAUUUUUCUGGGGAUGCCCCUUUUUAAAGAAGAUGGUGCCCCUUCUUUGACCUCCCCCCUUGGUUUCAAGACUGUCCACCCCAUCCAACAAGCCAACUCCUUAAAUAUUCCUGAAAUAAAUAUCCACCUCCCUUGUGGCUUAACAGAAUAUUUACAAUAAUUAUCAACAACUUGAUAGGAAACAAGACAGCUCUUUAUGAACAUUGGCUGCCUGGCAGGAAAGAUGUGGAACUCUUAAAACGAAAUGUGAAGUAUCAGAGAGUUUGUGAUAACUCAAUUAUAGGUUAGUGCUGCUGGUGGAUCCCUUAGGUGCAGGCAGCACUCUCCUCCUGACAAGUACAGUCGUCUGGCUUUUUGAAAGAGUAAAAUUAUUAAUAAAGUAGGGCGCAUCUGGGCACAUUGCCACUUAAAGGGUUAACAGGGUGCAUGGGCAGAUAGUCUGAUUAACCAAUUGAGUGGCAGCACUUUCCCCCUGACGAGUAAAAUCGUCUGGCAUAGACGGAGUACAAAAUAAUAAAGCAGGACCAUCUGGGCACAUUACCACUUAUUAUAAAUUGUUAGAUAAGAUGUCCAGUUAGUGUGCACACAAGUCAGACCAGUAUUGUUUUAGUAAUAUUGAGAUUUUGUUGGCAUCACAUGAUUCAAUAAUAGAAAGGUCUUGUAGAUGGAAUUAUCGAGUGGAAACUUUUAUAUACAUGUACUAGACCUAACUAGGAACAGCUGUGAAAAAUACAACUGUGGAUCCAUGGCAGGAAUUGAACCUGCAGCCUUGCAAUUAUGGUGCCGCGCUCUAUCCAAGGCAACUGAGCUAUAGAGUCCAGUUGUCAAGCUCUAACCACAAGUUCAUGUAUAUAUAUAUAUAUAGAGAGAGAGAGGGUACUGCCAUGUUUAAGUUUUGGGUAAAUAUUGAGAUUUUGUUGGUAUCUCAUUCGAUUCAAUAAUAGUUGACUAGGAUCAAGUGGAAAUUUAUAUACAUUUAUUAACCCACUGAGUUGCACGACUCUCCCUUUGACUUAUAGAAUCAUCUGCCAUUGGGCAGAGUAAAGUAAUAAAGUAGGGUACAUUAGGGCGCAUUGCCAUCUAAAGGGUUAACAAGACACAUGCUAGCAAAUGGCCUGAUUAACCAGCCCCCUCCUCUUGAAAAGGAGGGGGGCGGUUAAUCUAAAGGGUUAACAAGACACAUGCUAGCAAAUAGCCAGCACCCUCCUCUUGAAAAGUAAAAUUGUAUUGUAUUGUACCAUUAUUGUACUGUAAUUAAAUUAGUAAAAUACUGUAAUAAUAGAAAUAAUAACUUGAACAGUCUGUGCCAGUGUAGGUAGUGUCAAUAAUAAGAAAGCUGUGUAUUGAUAGGGCAGGGGUGGGAAAAAGUUUUCAAUUUCUGGCACUGCAAUCUGAGAACAUUGAAAAAUUUUCUGCAAAUAAUCGAGUAAACCGACACUCGCACGCUGUAACUGUGAUACACUAACAAGUUGACAAACUUAAUGUCAUGCUAUAUCUUAAGGUAUAUAACAUAAAACUAAUUUAGAUAACAUACAUGAGGGGACUGAUGCAGAUGCCAAAAAUGGGUACCACUAGGGGGAUCUGGGGGCAUGGCCCCAGAAAAUUUUGAAAAUCAGGUGUCUCGAUUCUUUCUUGGAAAUAUUUUCUGGGAACUCGAAAAUUUUCUGGGACCAAUGUCCCAUGUUCCAAUACUUUUUCCACCACUGUGAUAGUGAUACAACUACCUGAAAAAUACAACGAGAACUUCGACGUUUCGAGCGAAGGCCCUUCGUCGCGGCGCAUUGCCACGUAAAGGAUUAAUAUGGAAAGUUCUGAGAAUUCAACCAUAUUUUUCUUGUCUUGUUUCUGACUAUAGGUCUGCGUGGUUUGAUAAACCUUGGCAACACCUGUUUUAUGAAUUGCAUUGUUCAAGCUUUCACACACACGCCUUUACUGAGAGAUUAUUUUUUGGCUGACCAACAUAAAUGCAAAAAACAGGAUGGGACGUGUAUUGUAUGUGCUAUGGUCUCAUUAUUUCAAGAGGUAUGCAUUUAGUUUCCGGGUAAACUAGUUUAGUUUUUUAGUUUCAGUUUAGUUUUCUCAUUACUUUUAGAGGUAUGCGUUUAGUUUUUUGUUUUGUUUUUAGUUUUUUAAACACAUAUUAGCGCGCUGCAAAGUGAAUAUAAAUAAGUGGGAAUGUGCUGCUAAUCUGGAAGACUUUUACUUCACUUUCGGCUCUGACCUAAGCUGGAUUACGAAGGACGUAGCUCAGUCGAAAGUUGUGUAAAGGCGGCAUUGGUAGCCACCAUAGAUGUCUUAUAUAAACUAGAUAGCGCAUCUCUUUUAGUAAAAUUGAAGCCAAGAAUAUUCCAGCAGUUACCAUUUGAAUAGAUGGCGGCCAUGUUGGAGUUUCGCACUCGCUAAUAAACGCUUAAAACAACAAUAACAACAACAAUAACUUUCAUCAUUUGUAUAGUUUGAAAAUGUAUUUGGAAUAGGUUUAACUUAAUGUUUAAGUUCCCUGUUUAAGAAAUAGAAAACAUACGAGUCUUCUCAUUUCAUGGGAUUAUCCUGAGUCUGCAAUCACGGCUUCAAUUUUUGAAUUGCAGAAUAAUUAGAUGCACUAUCUAGUGUAUAUAAGAUAUCUAUAUGGUAGCCACCUUCUGACUCGCGGGUCACUUGAUGAAAUGAAUAAAGAGUCUCGAGUUGUCUAUUUGACUGACAUAUUAGAUACUUUUUCUAAGAUAAUCAGCGGAGUUCAUACAAAACUUGAAAGUCCUUCAAUCUCCUUGAAUUUGAAAACAAAAAUUCAAGGCUUUGAGUGUCCUUGAAUUUGUAAACAAGUAGCCACUUGAAAGUCCUUAAAUUUUUCUUGCUUUAGUUUUUGGAUAUUUUCUGAAGUUGUUUGACAUUCAAAACGGACAUUUUAAUUUGUUGAACUGAUUUUGCAUGUUCCUAUUCGACAAAGCUGUUUGAAAUUCAUUAGUUGCGUUUUGAACAAUAUAAUUUAGCGUCACAUUUUACUGAUUUUUAACGCCUUUUCUUCAGUAUUUAGUCCUUUGCUGAUAGAUGGCUUUGAAUGUCCUUAAAAAGUCCUUGGACUGUAUUUGACUCUUCUUGACAUGUACGAACCCUGAUCAAUUAAACAUGUCGAUUAGCUUUGUUGUUAAUGUUUAAUGUUCAGUUAUAACUAUCAAUUCUGAUAGUUUAACAGUAGAGCUGUAACGAAUCCUAUACACAGAACAAAACAGAUUGUAGAAAGUGUGUAUAUAUUGUGGCAUCAUUGGCAUGCAUUGUUCAUUAACAUAUAUUGCUUCCUAUAUACGGUAGAAAACUUUAGCUUAGGUUUUAUGUAAUAGUCAUUAUUUAACAUUCACGUCAAUUACGUUAUGGGUCUGAUUGCAUGCUUACCACUAGCUUUUUCCUAAACAAUACUUGUGAAUUGUGAUAUUUGGUUAGUACUAGACUUUUAUGGACUUUUAUAGGUCUUUCAAAAUUAUUGGGGGUGGGGCGGUCAGUCAGUGAGGGGCUAAUCCAAACCUUGAUUUUUUUAUUUUUAAAUUCAGUUUUAUUCAGGCGAACGAACUCCUCAUAUUCCAUUCAAAUUACUGCAUCUUGUCUGGACAAAUGCUCGACAUUUAGCAGGAUAUGAACAGCAAGAUGCACAUGAAUUCUUUAUCGCUGCGCUUGAUGUUCUUCAUCAGUACUGCAAAGGUAGAGUAUUUUAAUGGACCUAUUACCUAAUAACCAAAAUUUUGAUCUCAACAAAUCUAGACACAAAUUUCACCACAGCUUGAAAGAGCAUCACAAAAUUAGUAAUAUUCCGAAGUUUCGUUGCGAAAUGUUGUAAAAUGCGGAUAAUAUAUAGCCCUGCGAAGUUUGCCGUUUUUCAGUCAUUUUGUAUUACGCACGGGAAAUUGAUACCGCUUUCUGAUAAAAGGAAAAUUAACCGUGGAUUGGAACGGACAAUAAAAUUUUUCUUUCUGUUAAAGUCAUUAGUUCCAACCCAGAGCUCACAAGACAAAGAAAAAUGUUUUUGUCUGUUCCAAUCCACGGAUAAUUUUCCUGAGUGGAAAUUAGCCUUAAGUCGUCCCCAAAUGGAUUUGAACCCACAAUGUCAGGAGGUGAAAGGCGUGCACAAUCCUUUAUCCAUCUGGAAUCUUUCCCAUCUUUAUUUCUUCUACACAUAGAUGACAGCGACGAGACAAUAAAAUCUGACAAUCCACAUCACUGCAACUGCAUUAUUGAUCGCAUAUUCACUGGAGGACUCCAGUCUGAGCUGAAGUGUCAAGUUUGUAGUAGUGUGUCGACUACAAUCGAUCCUUUCUGGGAUAUCUCGCUGGAUUUAGGAAAUGUUUUGAAUAAUGGAAAUGGAAAAUCGAACACGUUCAUUGCCUCGGCAGCAUCCGUACCCAGUCCUACUCUGUCAGGUAAUGAACUUAACAAAAUUAUUGUACAGAUUCGGAAAACCAUCGAACGAGUAAGAGAGUGUCUACGGUUGGCGAUAUAUCGAUAUUACCGUGGUAUAUUAACUCGUGAUUAUCGAAGGUGGAUCGUAAUUAUCGUUAUGGUCAAUGACUAACGUCAUAUUGUUUGACAUGUGUACAUUGUUUUCACAAAAUCCGGAAUCACAUACAUUACCAAAUACUACGUAGUUUUUAGAGCAGCAAAUGACAAUCCAUAGAUUGUGAUUUUCCACAUGGUGGUUCAAAAACAAAUGCCCAUGAUAAUAGAUUCUUCAAAGCGAUUGGCGCCUGUAGACAAGGAAGUGAUAUUUAAUACUUAUUGGUUUGUAUCGAAUUUGAUAGAUGAUUAUUUGUUGUCGUGCACACCACCGGAGUCUGAUCAUCUGGAUGACAGUUUUGUACCAAGAUCACUUAUAGAAUGUUUAAAAAGGUAAUCUAAAUUUAGAUUGGAGAAUUAGGGCAAAUAUGGUUGGAGAAUUAGUAAGAGAAUUGGUACAGUAUCAGCAUUAGAGAAUCAAGGCAAAUCGAGUUUGAGAAUUUGGGCGUGGCAGGGUUAAGGAAUUAGGAAGAGGAUUAGUUGGAAAAUUGUCGAGCGUAACAAGCUUAGAAAAUUAGAGAGUAACAAGCUCAGAAAAUUAGAGAGUAACAAGCUUAGAAAAUUAGAGAGUAACAAGCUUAGAUAAUUAGAGAGUAACAAGCUUAGAAAAUUAGAUAGUACCAAGCUUAGACAAUUAGAGAGUGCCAAGCUUAGAAAAUUAGAGAGUAACACGCUUAGAAAAUUAGAAAGUAACAAGCUUAGAAAAUUAGAGAGUAACAAGCUUAGAAAAUUAGAAAGUGACAAGCUUAGAAAAUUAGAAAGUAACAAGCUUAGAAAAUUAGAGAGUAACAAGCUUAGAAAAUUAGAGAGUACCAAGCUUAGAAAAUUAGAGAGUAACAAGCUUAGAAAAUUAGAGAGUAACAAGCUUAGAAAAUUAGAGAGUAACGAGCUUAGAAAAUUAGCGAGUAACAAGCUUAGAAAAUUAGAUAGUACCAAGCUUAGAAAAUUAGAAAGUAACAAGCUUAGAAAAUUAGAGAGUAACAAGCUUAGAAAAUUAGAGAGUAACACGCGUAGAAAAUUAGAAAGUAACAAGCUUAGAAAAUUAGAGAGUAACAAGCUUAGAAAAUUAGAGAGUAACAAGCUUAGAAAAUUAGAGAGUAACAAGCUUAGAAAAUUAGAGAGUACCAAGCUUAGAAAAUUAGAAAGUAACAUAUUUAGAGAGUAACAUGAUUUUAUUACGUGGUACUACAUUAGAAAGUGGCGGAGCUCUUUCUGUUAACAUGAUUUUUUUCCAUUUUAAUUUUUUGUUUAGAUUUACUCGAGUGGAAAGAUUAGGUAGUGAGGGUAAAACAAAGUGCAAUACAUGCGAGAGUUAUCAGGUAAGUUAUUUCAUGUUACUUUAUGGUAUAGUUUUCCCUGUAAUAAUAAAAAAUGCGUAUUUCGUCUUACUACAGGAAGCAACAAAACAAUUGUCCAUGAAAAAAUUGCCGAUUGUUGUCUGUUUUCACUUAAAGGUAUGUUGAAGUGUCGGACUUUAAGGUGGCUCGAUACAGUUGGGGUUUCUUUUUAAUGGAAAUUCACGAUUUAGAUCGAAAAAUUGGACAGUUAUAACUUCUUGGGAAACAAAAAGUAUCUUACUGAUGUAAAACAACAUCUGAUAGGUUCGUUUUUUGUGGGUUU